UGGGAUGAUCGGAUGGAAAACACCACCGGCAAAGAAGCAUGCCCAGAGGAGGUAGGGGCGAUGAAGGGAAGUGGGUACGGUGAGAGAGUAAGGACAGGGGGCAGCGCUGGCAGUGAUGGGAGGAAGAGGAGAGGGAGGAGGUUUGACGCUAUGGCGGAGGCGGGGACCAAGAGGGACAGGGGAGGGAGGACAACAAUGGAGGGGGGAGUAGCUGAUGCUGAAGGGAUCUCACAGCGUCCUAGGCUGGGAGACAUAGGAGCGAAUGGAGGAGGAGAAGGAGGAGGAGGAGGAGGAGGAGGAGGAGGGAGUGCAGUGUGCAGCAGGGUGGAAUGGCUGGAGGCCCAGGAGGGUAACCUCAAUACUGAAUCAGCUGGAGGGUGCGGAGGAGGGGGGGGGUAUGAGCAGAGAAGGAAUCUGGUCAGCAAUUAUGACGAUCGAACCCCCGCCUAUCAAGCUGGUAGGGGGACGGUGAAUGAAGCGGAGCUGAGGGGAGAGCCGGGGGGGCGGGGGAGGGGGCGGGGGCGGGAGGAGCGGGAGGGGUCUUUUGCGAGGUUGCUGGCUGGGGAGGCGGACGCGCAUGACCCUCCCUCCCUGCGCAGCUACGCCGGGAAGACGCUUGUCGAGGCUUCUAGCGAUGGCGGGGUCGGGACGUGGGAAGAAAGCAGGGAAGUAGGACGGACUGGCGCCUUAAUGUACUCCCAACCCCAGAUCCCGAUGUCCAAUCUCGCCCACACCAUCCAC